AGCCAUUUCUAGGGCUCAGAUUCCCAGAUUUUUGAUAUCCGUUUCGCAAUUCGACAAGAUGAGCCUUUGGCUCCCAGCCUGGAGGCUCAUGUUUGUCAAGUCACCUUUUCAAGGACAACUUCCGGUCCUCUUCAGGAUUUCUGCUGCUCGCUUUGCCCUCCGAGAGUUCUCAAAAAGGCCCGACCACACGCACCUUCUUGUGGACGCAGACAGUCAAAGUAUCGAGCAGAUCAAGGGUGCCAUGAAAGUGUUUGACAAGAAUAAACUCCAAGCGCAUCCCCGUGGCGCAGCCAAAGCGCGAAGUGGCACCAGUUCUUUGAGUCUAAGCGCAUCAAUUUUCGGCCAGUUGAGCGUGUGGGAGGCACCUCGGACCCCACGGACGAAGCCGUCAGAUUGGAGGCUCUUGAGGUUGUCAAAGAUCGAGGCGUUGGCUGCAUAGCCCUCUUGACCAAUGACAGGGGCUAUACCGACCUCGUGCGCAAGCUCAAAUCAGAAGGCAAGGAUGUGGUGGUGAUCAUGCCCAAAGUGCGGUCAUAUUCUGCCAGGCCAUUGUAUGAGGCAGAACAUGCCAAAGUGGUUAGCUUGGAUCCGCAGAACGAGUUGCUGCUACGGGUCAUGGCCGUACUUGAAGCCGACGGGUCGGGACGGGUUAGCUUGUUGAACCGGCCCCUCUCUCCGGAUGGACCUCUCAAGGAACAUGCGCAGCUCAGAUGCUUUUUGGAGCGCUUGCACUAUGCACGUGAUGAAAUUUCUUUGGUACCAUCAAUUGCCAAGUUUUGGCAACAACAUUCACUUGGCCCUCUGCCAAUUUACCCAGGAGUCCUGGCAUUGAAAAGCCUGGGCGAGCUGCUGCUUUCGAAAACUGCGGAUGUUAAAGCAUGGCAACAUUAUGACUCUGAACUGGCCUUCGUGCUGCCUGUGAGCGGGAAGACCGGCAGGCCUCCCAUGCAUGACCUGCAGAUGUAUGGCAGCAGCAAGGCUACAAGGGUUUUUCAGGGCGGCGGCCCUUUCAUGUUGACCGACUCAGAGGAUCUGGCAAUGCGUGUGAUGGCUCGGCUUGGAUACUUGGACGAUGGCCUUAAUGCGGACCCCGCAGAAUCUUUGAUGGUCUUGCCAACAAUACGACGAACAAAAAGAACCAUCGGAAAAAGACAGUCUUACCAAAAUCUUCAGACACGUGUGACGAUGUCUUGCAGAAGAUUCGUGGAGCGCUGUUGUCAAGCGCAGGUGGUGGAACCUGGGGGAUAGCUCCCAGAGACCAACAGGUGAAGCAGAUGCUCCGGGCUCGCAAACUUCUUGGUGCCAAGGAUGACUCGCCAGAGAAAGUCUUUGAUGCGAUGAAGGCAUAUUCACAGAAGAGGACCUACAAUGGAUAUGUUUGGCAGAUUCCUCACCAGCAGAGCGAAUCAGAUCCAAGUCGCCGAGAUGUGGUGCUGAG